CUCGUUAAUGUCAACAUAACCUAAAAGCAAAGUGAAAAUAAAUAAAAAAAAUGUGUUUUUCUUCUUAAGUAUUUUCGGUAUUUUGUAUUUAUUUCAAAUAACAGUAACCGAAAUUAUAAAUUUAAUAUGUUUUUGAACUCAAAAAUAUAUUUACAAUAAAACAUAAUAUUUUAAAAAAAAAUUAUUUUUUUAAAUGUACGCAAUUAUGUUUACAAUACUCGAAUGUUAUUAAAAAUAUAAUAGAAUUUUAAGAGAAUUGACAAGAAACGUAAUGUGGGAAGAAGGAUAAGAAUUAAAAAAUAUCCAACUGUUUUAUAAAUUAAACAAUACAAAUGUUGUCAUUAGGUUUUUAUAAUUCUUUUCGUAGCAGAAAAAUUUCUUUCUUGAAACAUGCCAAGGCUCUUAUUAGAUUUUCUUCUGGAACAAAGCAAAAUGUUCAGACAAAACAAUUUACUGAUACAAUAUUAUUGCCGCAGACAAAAUUUCCAGCAAAACUCACCGAAGAGAAAAGAAUUGAAAUGGAUGAGUAUUUAGCCGAAAAAUGUGGUUUCUCUGAACUUUACAAUUGGCAGAGGGCAAAUUUAGCCGGACCUGAUUUUGUUUUACACGAUGGACCACCUUAUGCGAAUGGAAAUCCACACAUGGGUCAUGCAAUAAAUAAAAUUUUGAAGGACAUUACCCUAAGAAGUAAAAUAAUAAAAGGACAAAGAGUGCACUACGUUCCAGGAUGGGAUUGUCAUGGUUUACCAAUUGAAUUGAAAAGUUUGACAGAACUGAAAAAGAAGGCAAAAGAUUUAACGCCUCUUGAAAUUCGUCAUCAUGCAAAAAAGUAUGCCAAGGAGGCUAUAGAAAAGCAAAAGGAGGCUUUUGCCUCCUGGGGAGUUGUGGCCGAUUGGAAAAAGUCUGGUUGUUAUUUCACAAAUAGCACUUCAUUCGUAACAAAUGAAUUACGACAGUUUAUAAAUUUAUAUGAGAAGGGAUUAGUUUAUCGGGAUUUUAAACCCGUUCACUGGUCGCCGUCUUCGAGAACAGCACUUGCUGAAUCAGAAUUGGAAUAUAAUGAGAAGCAUGAAAGUAAAUGUGCGACAGUUCGUUUGAAAAUUGUCGAAUUACCACCAGCUUUAUCUGAAUUUCAAGGAAGAAAUAUUUACGGUCUCACGUGGACAACAACACCAUGGACACUUGUGGCAAAUCAGGCUCUUGCAUUUUCAUCGGAUGCUGUUUAUUGUGUGACAGAGAAUUCAGAGGGAAAUUUAUAUCUCGUUGCUCAAGAUUUAGUCGGUCGAGUUGAGGAGAAAAUCGGGCAUUUAAAUCCUUUAAAAACAAUCAAAGGAAGCGAACUUCUUGGUGCAAAAUAUUUACAACCAAUUAGCGGCAUUUCAUUACCAUUUUUACCAGCGGGUCAUGUAAAUACUCUAGUUGGAACUGGUUUAGUUCAUACGGCACCAGCUCAUGGUUCCGAAGAUUUCUGCGUUGCUUUAGAACACAAAAUACCAGUAUUAUCAAUUGUGAAUGAAGAGGGACGUUAUACAGAUGAGGCUGGUUCUCAAUUUUCUGGAAAGGAAGUAUUGAAAGAUGGUGUAAAUGCUGUUUUAGAUUAUUUGAGUAAUGAUAUUUUGCAUACGGAAAUUUUGGUGCACAGUUAUCCGUACGAUUGGAGGACAAAGAAACCUGUUAUUACGCGAGCGAGUCAUCAAUGGUUCAUAAAUACACAGGAUUUAAAGGAAAGAGCAAUUGAAAGUGUGGAGAAUUUGAAAAUAUAUCCAAAAUCUAGAACGCAAACGUCUAUAAAUGUUUUAUUGACGCAAAUUAAACAGCGACCUUACUGGUGUAUUUCUCGACAAAGAGUUUGGGGAACGCCUAUUCCUGUUGUCUAUCUCGAUAAAUCUAAAGUGUUUACAAGCAGGGAAUUCGUUGAGAGAGUGUGCCGUUUAAUAGAGAAAAAUGGAAGUGACUGCUGGUGGGAAUUGCCAGUUGAAAAAAUUGUCGGCAAAAAAUUAAUGCAAGAAUUAAAUGUCACAAAUGUCGAGAGAGGAAACGAUAUUCUUGAUAUUUGGUUUGACAGCGGAAUUUCUUGGUCAUCGGUUCUACCCGAAGGAAAAGCGGAUCUCUACAUUGAAGGGAUGGACCAAUUUAGCGGAUGGUUCCAAACAUCAUUAUUGACUUCUGUCGCUCUUCAAAAUUCCGCCCCUUACAAGGGUUUGUUUGUUCACGGAUUCGCAGUGGAUGAGAAUAAUAAUAAAAUGUCGAAAUCAAUAGGAAAUGUAAUUAGUCCAGAAGAAAUUGUAAAAGGGAAAAAAGACGGAAAGCAAAAGCCAGCUUACGGCAUCGACGUUCUCAGAUGGUGGGUCUCUAGUCACGGGAGUCAGCACAGUUUAGUCCCACUUAAAGAGAGCCUUCUUCGUGAUAGUUCCGAUUCUGUCAAUAAAUUACGCAACGUUAUGCGUUUUCUUUUAGGAGCAAUUCAUCCUUAUUCUGUUAAAAAUACCAUUGAACCUCAAUAUUUAUGCAUUGACAAAUAUAUGCUCCAUCGACUUUAUCAUUACAACAAAGAGAUUCAAGACUUAUACUCGACUUACGAGUAUUUUAAUGUGUCAAAGCAUAUAAUUAAUUUUGUCACAAACGACGUUUCGGCAAUUUAUUGUUAUUUGGUGAAGGAUCGUCUUUACUGUGAAAAUGUAAAUUCUCCAUAUCGAGCCGGAGCUGUUGAUGUGAUGGGCGCAAUUUUGGCCGUUGUUGUAAGAUCAAUUGCACCAAUUUUACCACAUCUUGCAGAAGAAGUCUGGCUUUAUCAUCCCGAAAAUCUUGCAUCCGUACCUCUAUUUCAUUCCGGUUAUAAACAGACGAGUAAUUGGAAUCAACCGGAAAUUGAAGAAAUAAUAAAAACUGCGUUACUACUAAAAGAUGGAGUGAAUAAACUCACUACCAAGAACACCUGGGAAUUAAAUGCGACGAUUCGAGUUGAUAUGAAUAAAUUUCCUCUUUUACUGAAUCUGCAGAAGGAAGAGACAUCCUCGACUUCUGAACUUUGUGAGAUACUUCGUGUUUCGUCCGUUAAAUUAAUUGAAGACGAAUCUUGUACAGAACCACAAGUCGAAAUAGAAAGUACGAAUAGAAAAUUGUGUAAACGCUGUAGACGACAUCCUGAAUCGGAAAAUGGUGAAGUUUGUUUCCGGUGUAACGAACUUCUAAAUGAGUUUUGUACAUAAAUGUAAGAAAUUUUUUUUAUCUUUCAUUUUCUUGUAAAAAAAAUUAUUAAUUAUAAUAAAAAUUGACAUAUUUUUCGCUAAUUACAUUAAAAAGUUGUCGACUAAAGACUUUUAACAGUCACUAAUUGAAAGUGAAAUAUUUUUUAAAAAUCAAAUCUGCGUAAAUGCGGAAAAAAUAUUAAUGUUUAUUAAAAUUUGUUUUGGAAAGAAAAUUGUAACAAUAAAGUUAAGAUUAUUGUUUUUAUACAUGUAUAGACAGAUAGUUAAAUAUGUGUAAUA